UUAAUGCCCAUGAGAAGGGGGAACCCCCACAACCUACAACAUCCUAUCCUGAGUAUAGCAUGGUACCACCACAAAAUUUAACUCUCUAUGACUUAAUUUCGGCAACACAACCUUAUUUUAUUUAUUUAUAUAUCAAUUCUAUCUCCCUUUGUAUUUCAUCACAUCAAUCAUCUUCACAAAAAUGAUAUCAAAUAAUAGCCGGUGGUCUUGUUGGUCGGAACUAAUCACUAGCAAGAAAGACGACCUCACUUUCCAAUUACUCAUCUUUUCAGUCAUCUCCUUGUCUGUUUUUUGGUACAUAUUCAGGAAGGCCACAUUCCGGUUGCCGCCGGGACCUCGUGGCUUGCCGGUGCUGGGAUACCUUCCAUUUCUCAGCCCCGACUUGCACCAUGAAUUCACCAAAUUGGGUCAACGUUAUGGCCCCAUUUGUAAACUCCAGCUCGGACGCAAGACCUACAUCAUCGUCAGCUCGUCGGAUCUUGCUAAAGAAGUGGUGCGUGUGCAGGACGAUGUUUUCUCUAACCGAGACCCUCCGGUGGCUGGGAUUGUCCUCACAUACGGUGGCAAAGAUAUCGUCUGGUCCGACAACAACUCAUACUGGCGUAACCUGCGUAAAGUCUUCGUCUCCGAAGUCCUGAGCAACAAGAACCUUGAAGCUUCUCGAUCUUUCCGGCGAGCUGGAGUCAGAAAAAUUAUCAAGCACGUUUACGAAACGAUUGGGAAUGAGGUCGACGUCGGCGGGAUGGCGUUCACGUCGUCGUUGAGUGUCGUAACCAACAUGAUGUGGGGGAAAAGUUUGGAUGAAAAGAAAGAAAACAGUAAUCUUGGGGUUGGGUUCCGGGAGGUUAUUUCAAAGAUUGUGGAGCUUCUGGGAGCAGCGAACGUAUCGGACCUUUUUCCGGUACUCUCCAGAUUCGAUUUACAGGGUGUGGAACGAAAAAUAAAGCAGCAAUUGCAGAAGGUUGAUGAGAUAUUUCAGAGGAUAAUCGACGAUAGAAUGAGUGUUAAACCUGAAGAAUCAGUAGAACAACAGGGAAGAAAGGAUUUAUUGCAGAUUUUACUAGAGCAUAAACAAAAAGACAAUACAUCAACUUUCAGUAUUACCCAAAUUAAAGCCCUUUUCAUGGACAUUGUAACCGGAGGAACAGACACAACAUCAACAAUGGCGGAAUGGACAAUGGCGGAGGUUUUGAAACAUCCAGAGAUAAUGAAGAAGAUACAAGACGAAUUAGAGCAAGUCAUCGGCCUAAACAAUAUUGUUGAAGAAUCUCAUCUUCCAAGAUUAUGUUACUUAGAUGCGGUGAUUAAAGAAACAUUCCGUUUACACCCUCCACUUCCUCUGUUGAUAGGGCGAUGUCCAAAUCAAUCUUGCAAGGUUGAUGGAUACACAGUCCCAAAGGGUUCAAACGUGUUUUUAAAUGUUUGGGCAAUACACAGGGAUCCAAAAUACUGGGAAAAUCCUACGGAAUUUGAUCCCAAUAGAUUUCUAAACCCCGAUGGAACAACCAAAUACGAUUACAGUGGAAACAAUACCAACUUUCUGGCAUUUGGAUCUGGUAGGAGAAAGUGUCCUGGAAUUCCUUUGGGUGAGAAGAUGUUGGUGUAUCUUUUGGCUUCAUUAUUGCACUCAUUUGAUUGGACUUUGCCAAAAGACAAGGAACAUGAGCUUUCUGAUAAAUUUGGGAUUGUCUUGAAGAAGAGAAAACCGUUAAUGGCAAUCCCUUCUCAGAGGUUACCAGACAAAAAUCUAUACAUGUAAUAGAAACCAUCGGUACAUCAUCUCGUGUAUUGUGAAUACAGUUGUUGAUCAAUUUGAUUUUGGUCAUGUAAUCUUAUCUAUUUUGAUACCUUACUUUGACUUAUAUUAAAGGGAAGUAAUUAUGCGUCUAUUUAAUGG